AAGGCCGACAGACAUGAUGAAGUCUUCCUGAACAAGCCUCCAAAAUGGUGCUUCUCUGACAUCUUUUUUUUUUUAACCUUUUUCAAGUCUUCAGUUUUAAUAUAGUUUCCAACAUUUUAGUGGAGAAGCAUUAUCACAAUGACCGUCACUUACAACCUCUGUGCCCUCCUAGUUUUCACCGUAACAGCAUGCAGCCAUUUUAAGCCUGUCUUCUGCUCUGCCCACUGUGGGCAUUCCCUCCAAGUCUUAGACAGUGAUGUGGGAGAGAUCACAAGUUCUGCUUACCACAGCUGGUCCUACCGCUUCGGCUCUACCUAUGACUGCUGGAUCAUCAAGGGUUCGGAGGGAGAACCUAUUGUUCUCAGCUUUUCACAGUUUUCAGUACGGUGUAGGAAGGAAUGGGUGUCUAUAAAAUCGUCAUCUGACAGCGAGCCGCUUGUCCUUUGUGGCUCCAAGUUGCCGCAACCAAUGGAGUUCCCAGGAGGAAAUAUUACAGUGAUGCACCACUUCCUUCCUCAUUUAUUCCCUGUGUCAUCUUUUCUGUUGAACUACGCCAGAGACUCUGGUAAAUGCCCAGAAACAUCCUUUGAGUGUCUGGGGGGUCGCUGCCUUCCUCUCUCUUGGCGCUGUAAUGGCCAGGUGGAGUGUCUUGGGGAAGGUGCUGGUCUCGGCACCGAUGAACAGGGCUGUGAUGCAGAAAUGGAGACCACAGAACCCCCAAAGUACAGCAGCACACAGGCAGGGGAGGAGGCCAAAGCAGAGACGUACACAGAGAAGAACCCAUAUUGGGACCCAGAUAGACAUUAUGUUGCAGAUUCUGAGUCUGAUCUGUGGGCGCUGCUGAAGGAGAGGGAGGAGGUGGAGGCCCAGGUGGAUAAAGAGCAGCCUCAGUCUCACAGAGAACUCAUUGUGACGCCCACUCCCAUUGAGUGGCCCUGUGGAGGGCUCCUCCAGACCUUCUAUGGGACCUUCUCCCCUCCAGCCAUCCAGGGCCCCGCGCUAUUUUGUGUCUGGACUCUGGACCCUCAGGACUCGAGGCCACUGAGGCUAGACCUGCAGCAGCUGGUGCUGGGACCUGGGGAUAGACUCACUGUGUACAACAGAGAGCAAGGCAAAGGAGAAGUUAUUAAAAUUAUCACCAGUGUCUCUAAUUACAAAUCAGUCCAAGUUGAAUCCCAUACUGGCCUGCUUUCAAUGACAUACGAGACUCUUCCUGGUUCGGAGGGGAGCGGCUUUAAUGCAACGUUCCAUGUUGGGACCUACUGCCCCCCUUGGGAGGGCCGGUGUGGAGGAGCAGCGGGAGGUUGCUUUACCCAGGAGCAACGCUGCGACGGGAAAUGGGAUUGUCCAGAAACAGGAAAGGACGAGGAGGGUUGCAGGGGCUGCAGUCCGAACCAGUUUGCCUGCGGACUGGCAGGGCAGAAAGCGGUGGCACCCAGUCACUUUGCUGGCAGACCGGUGUGCUACCCAGUAACCGAGAGAUGUAACUACCAGCUGUACUGUGCCGAUGGCAGCGACGAGAGGGACUGCACCGUGUGUCAGCCAGGGACUUUUCACUGUGACAGCGACAGGUGUGUGUUUGAGAGCUGGCGCUGUGAUGGCCAGGUGGACUGUAAGGACGGAACAGACGAGCUCAACUGCACGGUCAUCCUGCCCCGCAAGGUCAUCACCGCGGCAACAGUGGGCAGCCUCGUCUGUGGGCUUCUGCUGGUUAUUGCCAUGGGCUGCACCUGUAAACUGUACUCGCUCAGGACCAGGGAGUACAGCUUGUUUGCGCCUAUCAGCCGCCAGGAAGCGGAACUGAUCCAGCAGCAGGCUCCUCCAUCCUACGGUCAGCUGAUUGCACAGGGCAUCAUCCCCCCAGUGGAGGACUUCCCCACAGAAAACCCCAAUGAGACCUCGUCACUUUCUCUGAGGGGAAUCCUCCAGCUCCUCCGUCAGGACGCUGCCAACUCCCCACACCGCAGACGCAGGCCCCGAUUUAUCCGCCGGGCGGUUCGUCGCAUGAGGAGGUGGGGUCUCAUCCCUAGACAUCCGUCCAGGCCGAGUCAGGUGUCCGGCUCCAGCCAACAGCAGUCAGACGCCGCUCCCUCCGGCCAGGAACCAGCUCACUCCACUCCCACCAGCUCCUCGUCGGCUGUGGAGGCGGUCAACCAGCCAGUGCGUCAGAAACUUGGCUUGUUGGCGCAGUCAGAGCAACAGCAGCAGCAGGAAGCACCGUCUCCUCUACUGCCGGUGCCACUGCCGCCUGCUACUUCCCCACCCCCACCUCCGUAUGCUCCCCCAGCUCCAAGCCCCGUCUCUCCCCACACUCCUCCUGUCCCUGUCCCCCCGAGCAGCCCAUCUCUGGCCUCCAUCUUCCACACGCUGGGCCUGAGUAUCUCCCUGUUCAGAGCCUCGCCCUCUUCCUCCUCCACCAACUCCAUGCCCCUCUCCGCCUCUCCUUCUUUCUCAUCCUCCUCUUCCGCUUCAGAUGACGAGGUACUGCUUAUCCCCCUGUCUGAAGAUACCACUUCAGAGGAUGAUGUGCCCAUGCUCACCUGAAUGACUUCCUCACCAACACAGUAUCCCACACCCCUCCUCUAUCUCCUUUACUCACAAGUGAAACCCAGUCUUUCCACAUUUGUUUGAACUUAAGCACAGGAGUGGCCCACGGCGAGACUCACCCGCACUGUGCAAGUCUGGUGCCUUUUGAAAUUGCUUUGAGUGGGAUAUGAUGACAUAUGGAAUUAAAUGUUUGACCUUUUUUUUUUUUUUAAGACCUUAAGAAAGUUUAAGUUUUAGACGAAAAGCAUGGCUGUUGUAUGUUUGACACUAGGUGUAGGUGAGUAUUGGAUGUACACUUACCUAAUGCUAGGCUGCACAUCGAAGGUAAACUUUUGCACAGAAGAAUCUUCCCUAUCCAGAAACUGAGGCUAAAUGAUUAGUUUUUAGAUAACAUGAUGGAAAAUAUUGUGUUUGAAUGACUGCAACUGUGUGUGUACAUUUGCAUUUUAGUCUUAUUUUGACAGUGGAGUUAGUUUGCAGAUGUGGAUUAUCUCCACAUACUUCUGCAACUUGCAUCCAGUCUCCAGCCAGUUAUAUUAUCCGUGAUAAUUAUAUCACAGAUAAUUUUAAAAAGAAGAAUAUUUUACCCUAUUUAAGUGCCUUUUUGAGGAGUUUCCCACAGAUGGUUUCACCAACACCAAAACACACAAAGGCACAUGUUUUCUCACAUCAUAGCACGCAUUGACACAUCAGUAGCUUUGUUUAAAAGGUGAAAAAAACGCAUGUACUCUGCAAGCUGGCAAUAACUUAUUGGGACCCCAAUUUUAGUGCACACUGGUUGCACCAUAACUGUGUGUUUUGAGUACACACUUGUGUACAUUUCCCAAGUAAAUGUAUGUAAUCUACAAAAGCAAGUGUCAAAAGACAAUCUCUUUGGUGCCUGAUUUUAGGAUGUGUGUCUGUAGUGUGCAUGGGAAGAUGAGGCGCCCUAGUGAUUAAAGGGGCCCCUAAAUUCAUAAAAUAACCUCAACUUGAAUCUUCAACCCUUGAGGGAAAUCGAUCGCAUUCUGCUACGUUUUGACAAAACAGACUUGUGGUGUGCCAUUUGUAUUAUUGUACAUAAAUGGUGUUUUUAUUUUAGAGUUGCUUUUCUUUUCUCUUCAGUUGUUCAGUUUUGCUUUGUUGAAUGUAUGUGGAAUAGACAGAAGUUUGAAAUUUGCAAUGUAAUGAGGUAAAUAAGAGAGAGAGUGAUUUUAUGGUUUAUUAGGGUCAACUUCACUGUAUAUAAGUAAAAAUGUGGCUGAGAUUAAACAAUUUGCACUUUUA